AUGUUGAAUGGAAGCGGCUCUUCUCGCGGUAGGGGUCAAUAUUAUAUCGGCGCUAUAUCCCAUAUAAAUGUUUGGAACCCUUCGGGAGUUCAAGCUGCCGACUACACCUCUGCACAAAUUUGGCUGCUUGGUGAACUCUCAGAUGUAUUUGAAAGCAAAGAAGCUGGUUGGAUGGUGAAUCCAAAGGUUUUCGGAGACAACUGCACACGGCUCUUCACCUACUGGACAGUAAAAAGAUGCAUACAAGAAAACAGGUUGUUUCGACCUCUUAUGCUCAGGCUUCGUGCAAACAAGUACUCAUUUAUCCCUACCUUGCAUGACCAAUAUGACAUGACCGAUACGGGAACUGGUGGCUGA